UUUUAAGUAAAUAGUGCAGUAAUUUAAGUGAUUACAUUCGUAAAAACACUGAUACUGAGGUUAUUCUAUUUUCUCCGUUUACCAAUCAGCUGGUUUUAUUUCAUUCUGUAUGAUGGAGACAUUAGAACACUUGGUACUUCGAUUUGAACAUGUAGGAGAUACUUUCGUCGAAGCUUUUAGCGAAAGUAAUAAAACAAUCCGAAGACAAAAGUUUUUUAAUGCAGUCAGAUAUCACCAAGCAGUUAUUGGAAUGGGAACAUUACUCAACGAAUGCUUUAGUCCGUGUAUGAUGGUUCACAUUAGUCUUACAGGACCUUUCUUAGGAGUUUGUGGUUACACUUUCUUAACAAGAAUUCCUUUGGACUCCAGUGCGCUUUUGGUGGGAUGGAUAGUGUCAACCUAUAUAGUUUGUUUAGGAGGGCAGCGCUUAAUGGAAGCGAGUAUGUCCGUUGGUACUAUAAUGGAACGUAUUAACUGGUAUGACGUAGAAACUAACCUCCAAAAAGAUCUAAUACUGGUUAUGUCCAGAAGUAGAAAACCAAUGUAUCUAAGAGCUGGACCGUUUGGACCCAUAACUUAUGCUACUAUUGUAAUGAUUCUCAAAACAUCAUAUUCCUAUGUUACUUUGUUAAAACAAACUAUGUAAGUUAGCUAACUGAAAAACUAUUUGACGCCAUAUAAAUAGCAGAAAAAUUAAAACUUUUGUUUCACUUUCAUACUACUAAUCAAUUUACAGCUACGCACGAGAUAGUUUAUAAUAAAAGCA